CCAGCAAACGCAAGCUGCUGUACAUGAAGUUGUAUCAAUUUGUCUCUAUGUUACUAACUAUCGCUGUAAUAGCAUCAGUGUUGUAUGUGUGUUACAUUCGAAAUGGAGAACUUUUGCACGAUGAUUAAGCCUCAUGAAGAAGCGAUUAUUCAACGAAAAUACAUCAAUAGAUAUGCCAGUUUUUAUGGGUGUUGCAUAGCUUCGUUCUAUACGACUCUUUUCGCUAUCUUUCUGGGACCUAUUGUACUGGACCAGCCGCUCCCAGUACUUGCCGAAUUUCCAUUUGACGCAUCUCAUCAACCGCUGAGGGCUAUUACAUACGUACAUCAAAUUAUCGUUGGCUUGCAAAUAGCAGCGCAAUUGUCGGUAAACGGUUUCAUGGCACUGUUACUCUGGCUGGCAUCAGCGAGAUUCAAAUUGUUAGCUGAGGACAUACGGACAGUCACGAAUGUAUAUGAUUUCGCAAAGUGCAUUGAAAAACAUCAAAAUUUACUUAAAUACGCAUCGGAAGUUGCAGUUACAGUUCGUCCCUAUGCAUUGGGUACAGUGCUUUUCAGUACUGUAUCGAUGAUAGUAUUCAGUCUUAUUUUCAUUACAGGAGUAUCAUUGCCAUUGAAAAUUCAAUUUAUCUUCUUAGCCUUCAGCGCAUUAUCAGAAGUAUUUAUGUAUGCGUGGCCUGCCGAACAUUUAAUCCAUGUAACCAAUGAUGUGGCACAAGCAGCCUUUGAAACAGAAUGGUACAAUGAAUCAAACAAUCUCCGGAAGAACUUACAAAUGGUUAUACUAAGAAGUCAAAAACCAAUAAUUGUUGCGUUACCAUGCGGUUUGCCUUCGUUAUCCUUACGUUACUACGCGUCGUAUCUAUCAACUAUAUUCUCGUACUUCACAACAAUGCGAAUAAUGUUUGAAGAGAAGAGCAAUGAAAUAUAAGUAAGAGAGUGUAGUUUUAACAAAUUCUCGCGAAGAAGAAUUCUCUGC